GCCUCAUUUUCACUUAUUGCAAGCUCUGUCUCGCAUACAAUUCUAGUGGAAAAGUUUCAUUCCUGUGUUAGCUCUCUUGCGACGUGAGUUUAUUAACUUGUGCUCAUAUUGAGUGAAAAUUGAACCUCUGCCUCGUCUUUUGUACCAAGAAAUCGACGUCAUCGACGACCCUGAAUCGUUGACCUUCUUUGGGCAUCGUGCAUCACACCGUUUUCCCACCCUCCCUGUUUCCCUUAAUAAUGAUGAAUAAGUGAUGUGUCUUGAACAAGAUAAUGUUAAAUGAUUUUUUUACAUUGUAAUUUCCUUCAUGAAAAUGGGAAAAGAUUAUUACAAGAUUCUUGGGAUUUCAAAGUCAGCCAGCGAUGAUGAAAUAAAAAAGGCAUAUCGCAAACUGGCAUUGAAGUACCAUCCAGAUAAGAAUAAGGCACCUGGUGCAGAAGACAAAUUCAAGGAAGUGGCUGAAGCAUAUGAAGUUCUUAGUGACAAGAAAAAAAGGGAUGUGUUUGACCAGUAUGGGGAAGAAGGGUUAAAGGGUGGCUUGGGAGGAGGCGGUGCCGGAGGAGGAGGUGGCGGCGGCGGUCCUGGAGCUAGCUUUUCCUACGCUUACCAUGGUGACCCAAGAGCCACGUUUGCCCAGUUUUUCGGAUCUUCCAACCCCUUUGAAUCCUUUUUCUCAAUGGGCGGAAUGGGACAGCAACAAGGAGGAAACAGAGGGUUCUUUCCAGAAGGCGGAGAGGACAUGGAUGUAGACGACCCCUUUAUCAACUUGGGAUUCGGAGGAAGAAAUCCCGGAGGAGCUUUUAGAUCUCAGAGUUUCAACAUGCACGGGCCAGGAAUGGGGAAAGAAAAAGUGCAGGACCCCCCGAUUGAAUAUGACCUCAAUGUCACUAUGGAAGAUGUCCUGAAAGGAUGCACCAAAAAGAUGAAAAUAUCUCGGAAAGUAUAUCAGGCAGAUGGUACGUCAAGAAAAGAAGACAAAGUAUUAACCAUAAACGUCAAACCAGGAUGGAAAGCGGGAACGAAGAUCACUUUCCAGAGAGAAGGUGACCAGACGCCCAACAAGAUACCGGCAGACAUAGUUUUCAUUAUACGAGAUAAACCCCACAGUUUCUUGAAGAGGGACGGUUGUGAUUUGCGAUACACUGCUAAAGUUUCCCUAAGAGAAGCCUUGUGCGGAACAAUUAUCGACGUACCAACGUUGACAGGAGAAAAGAUUCCCGUUGACAUGCUUAACGAAAUAAUCAAACCUACGACAAGUAAAAGAAUAGUAGGUCAAGGAUUACCAAUGCCUAAAGACGCAAUGAAACGAGGAGAUCUGAUCGUGAAUUUCGAUAUAAAAUUCCCCGAACACCUGGCUCAGAGCGUAAAAGACAUCUUACAUGAUACCUUGCCUAAGUAGAUUAAACGAAAUUGAAUAGCCCAUAGCAAACGGCGGGCAACGUACUACGGAGUAAACGUUUUAUUUUCGGGGAAAUAAUCGAGCAUAAAUUCACUAAUUCUUCUUGGUUCAAUUAUUGGCUGCGCUUUUCGUUACACUGAAUCGAUGAAAGUUAUUUCUGUAAAUGUGUUAAAGUGUACAAUGUUUCUCACCUAAAAGUUAAAUAGACUAUUUCAUUACA